CUUUGUAGGGUUCGUUGAAACACUUCAUGGGGGCAGCCCGACGGUAGAGUUUAUGACGUCGAACAGGAGCAAAAGUAGAUAAAAGAAGAAAAAUGGCUGCCUCUUCGCUCAAUUACUGUAGACGCUUGUAGGUUCUGGCAAACACUAUAAAUUGGUACUGUUUUCAAAUAUUUUCUCACAUAAUAUUGAAAAUCUCUGUAACUUGCACUCCACUGCCCAAGUGCCUUUUUCGAGACACCCCGGUCUGUAAACACGCGCACCCAACUGGUUACGGAAGUGACGUCAACGCGCUGUAAUUCAAACUUUAGGAAACGAAAACAACUGGUGGAGGAAACGGUCUCCUUACCUCAGAGUGGUUACAGAGGAUUUCUUGAGUCAGCUUUGAACUCAGAGGCGUUGACUUCCUGGAAAACCAACAAAGCUGCCAUGACAUCUAAAGGUGCUAAAGAAAACUUUGCCACCAAGCUGGGUUUCAAAUCCAGCAGCUCUUCUUCCAAAGCUGAGGCAGAGAUGGACAAAGUUAGGAAGGAGAACGCUCACCUCAGGAGAAAGAUUGAUGAAAUUGCCAGAAGACACGUCAAACCACCUGACUCGGACAAAAGCAAGCUGCUGGAGAGGAUUCUUUCCCUUGAGACGCUGCGAGAGAGAAACAAUCAGCAGUUGCUUGUCAAAGAGCAGGAACUAGAAACAAUGAGACAGCAACUGACAGCAAAAGGAGGAGAGGUGGUAGCAUCACUGCAGGCCCAGCUGGAGCACCGGAGGAAGGAGGCUGAGCAGAGAGACAUGUUGUUCCAGAACUUGUCACAGGAGACAGAGAACCUGAAAAACCAGCUGGCCACUGUUUCUGCUAGGUGCCAAACCAUGGAAACACAGGUGGUGAAUGGACAGGUACCUCCUCCAGACAUGGCUUUGGUGCAAGAUCAACUGAAAGAUGCGCUGGAGAAGAACCAGCAGUGGCUGGUGUACGACCAGCAGAGAGAGGCCUACGUUCAGUCUGUCCUCAGCAGAACCAAGGAGCUGGAGCAACAGCUGGCGGAGGCAACGCAGAAGCAUCAAACCAAACAAGAGGCCUGUUCAGACGGUUCAGAAAAGGAUGCUCAACUGAAGAGCCACUAUGACCAGCUGCUGUCGGGGGUGCAGAAAGAGCUGCAGAGCCAAAAGGAUCUGGUUACCAAAACUCAGCAGGAGCUUAAUAUGCAAAGAGAACAGACGCUGAACGCUCAGGCGGAGCUGCAGUCUCAGAAGGAGCAGGUCAGCAGACUUCAGGGGGAGACAUGCCGGCUGCAGAGGAAGUUUGAGGACAAGUGCGGCGAGCUGUCGUCCUUCCUAGAGAGGUACAGUGAGAAGAACAAAGAUCUGGACGAGGCCAAGAGGCUGCUGCAGGCAGAGAGACUCAGCAACAGACAUGAAGCGUGUGAGGAGAGAAAGGUGUCAUCUGACCGAGCAGACAGAAUGAUAGCUGAGCUGGAGGGUAUGGACAUCAGACUGGAGGAGGAGAGGAAGAGAUCUGCUGAACUUCUAAUGCAGGUUAAUAUGCUGCAGAAGUCUCUUCUGAGCCAAAAUGACGACCAGAGGAGAAUUGCAGCUCUAGAGCAGCAGAUCCAGCUCUCUGCCAAGGACUUUGAGAAUGAAAAGAUUGAUCGUCAGAGCAUGCAGCACCAGUUACAUAAGGUUCUGAAGGAGCUCCGCAAGGCCCGAGAUCAGAUUGCUAAACUGGAGUCUGCUAAGCAGACAAACGCCCGUUUCUCUGAGCCCAGCUCCUACCACAACCUGGAGUUUGAUCGUCUGACUAUCGACGUCUCUCCUGGUCCGACGUCUCCUUCUUCUAGAAUCACAAACCUCCUGGAUGAGAGUUUCCUGGAGUGCCCCAAGUGUCGGGCCCACUAUCCCACCAGUCGCCACAGGGAGCUGCUGGCACACAUUGACUUCUGCUUAGCCUGAGUCCAAGUGAUUGUUCUCAGCCUGGGAGUCCUGACCCCGACUCAACCAAGAGGGUCAGUAGAGAUAGCCAGGCAGAGGAAAUAAAAGAUUUAUGAGAAGUGCUUUUUUUUCCUCUAAUACAACUUGGCCUCUACGUUGUUUUUUAAAAUAAAAAGGGAAUAAGAUAAGUAUUUAACAACAGUAAAAUCUACUCUGUAACACUAGGUAACAAGUUGAUUUUGCUUUUGGAUUAGAAACUAUGCUGCAACACCAUAAGACCCAUUUACAAAAAUGAACCCCCAAGUUGUAUUUAAAGCUCAUGUGAGAAAUUUUCAGCUGGUUUUGAAAUUGACUGAAAUUAGUACAGUGACCUCUUCAUGAGGUACGAAAGCAAAUGUGACCAUAAUUGAUGAGAUAUAUUACUUUUUUUUUUUUUCCUGAAUGCCUGAAUCAGCUGUCGCAGGGAAGGUAUCAGAUGAAGUGUCCAACGACAAGAUGCCGACGAGAAACAGUCUUUGUUUACAUUUUUCCAAACCAAAAAUUCUUGAUGAAGGGUACAUUUGAGUUUUAAAAGACAGCAGAAUUAUAAACAUUUUCAGAAAACUCGACUCACAUAAGUACAGGACAAAAUUAGUACAAGAUGAGAGGUGCAAUUUUGUCCACAGGUGGCACCAAAAUCAACACAAACGAAAAUUCCUCACAGGAGCUUUAACGUAAAAUCUGAGACACUCACAUACACACUCCAAUUUCUAGUUAACCAUCAGGCCAAAGAUUAAUUCAAUCAUUUACUGAAAACAGUUAGUAUUAUUGGGAAUUUUUUGUACCAGUUGUAUGCUAUAGUAUUUUGUUGUUGUCUUUUUUGAAGCUCUUAGUUUAUCUUUUGUGUAUUUGAUAAAACUAUUUAUUGCCGGGUCGUUUAACUGAGCUACUGAUUUUUAAGGUGACAAAAGGUUUUAUUUUCCUUCAGUAAAUGUAAGAAAAAAUAAAUGCUGUACAAUAUUUCUCAUGUUUGAUGGGCCUUGUAUUAUUUUGGGAGGUACCUUUCAUUGUAUUCCAUAUAGAAGUUAAAAAAAGCUGUUUUACAUGUGACAAUGUUUGUCCACUCCAAGUUCAAGCGAUCAGUUCUAUAUAGUGGUUUUGAUGCUUCCAUUGUUUCAAGAAGGAUUUAUCUCUGAGCACAAACUUGCAGUUGUAUAUGGUAACCUUUACCAGUGUCUAUCAGUCUGUCUUCAAACAGUGGCAAACAUGUGACUGUAACAAUGACCAACAUCUUCCCCUAACCUGAACUCCACACUUUCAUUCGUCUAAACUUAACCAGACUGUCAAUAUUUUUGCAUCGGUGCACUAAAUUGGUCACAUGGUCUCAGGUCGUUUGUCUAUUCUACAAGUGAAGCUCACUUCUGUCUACACCUUGACUUUUCAAGCCUGCAGCCCUUGUGAGGCUGGAAUGAGAUUGCAUGAGUUAAUUCCUUGUACUAAACUAUUUAAGGCAGGGGAUUAGCAAAGGUGCCUUUAUUCCUGCAGCCUCGGUAAUGUGACUAGAUAGACUUAAGACAGACGGACACCGCUACGCUGGCAUAUUUGAUCGAUUUGUUUUGUUUAACUUGAGACGUGUUUCUUUUGAAAAUGUGAUCUCAGAAUCACAAUUUCUGUCCUUUUUUUUUUUUUUGCUGUUUUUGGGUUAUUUUUAUUCUAUUUUAAUCAUGUGCUCCAAAGUUGUUUUGCCAUGCACUGUACUGUACAAAAUGUGCAAUAAAGAUGAGAAUCUGCUUCUGA